AUGACGAAGAUCAUUGCUCCCAUUUACAAACAGUUGGAACGAGCCAACGAUUGCAUUCAAGAGCUCGAGACGAAGUACAAAGCACUGCAACACCAAUACCUGCAAGUUGCAACACGACUGGCGAGAUACGAGAAGCUGCCGAACUUAUCAAGGACGACCACCCGGGCUGAUUCUCCAAAGAACUCUGAUGAACUCAACUUGCCAUCUUACGCACGCGGAACACUCUCUUCGCAACGGAGAUCCGGCCAAAUGCCAGAUGAAGCAUCAAUAAGAGCCAGACGAGAGACAUUCCUCGAAUCUGGAAAGAUUCGCAUUUACGAGAAUUACAAACUGGCAAAAGUUCAGGACACCAACGUGUAUGAUGGCUGGCAAAUCACGCCGCAUUUUCAAAUGGAGACAAUUUCAUCCUUCUCAAAAACAAUCCGACUCGACAACAAACGCCGUAGCAGGCGAUACCAUACCGGACGCGCAAAAACAUCUACGGAAACGUCAAACGAAGAGACACUAUGGCCUACGAGUGCCAAAACUAACACCAAGGAGUUGAAUCCGCGCGAUGAUGAUCGUUAUGUUCCCUGGAUGGCAUCCAUCAAAGAAAAAUCAGGGAAUAACGAGGACCAGUGGCUACACCAAAUGCCCGCAGGGAAAGUCUUCAUCCCUAGCAAGUACGGCUAUGAUUUACUGAACCGUGGACUCGACACAGCUAAGCAACUAUUCUACGAGAUUUCUAAACAUCAUUUCCCGCACUGUAUACACAGAAAUAACUUGGAAGGCGCUCAUGAGGUGCGCUUCGGGUUCAGGGAGCUCAACUCGAUUCUGGGAGGAGACCGCGACACCCCGCGGCCGUUCCUUGCCAUCCAUGGUAAUCGCUGGUCGUUUGUGAACGAAGCGCUCUACUCUAUCGUGGAUUUGCGCAAUUGCGUAGCACAUUUCAAUGGAGCGCAAUACUAUGAUAUGGUACGGUACGAUAGACUGCUCAAAAAUGUCCACUUAUUUGCCAUCGUUGUCAAGGAUGAGGUCAAAGCAUUCGAAAUGCGAGCGCUCAGAGACGAACUCCUGGCGUAUGCUCAGCAGACCUUUGAUGAGAUUGUCGAGCGGGAGUGGCUCGCAUCACUCCCAUUUGCGACACCGUGGCCCAUCCAUCACCAGAAGCUAUUCAAACACCUUGGUUAUUGCAGCUCGAUUGAUGAAUAUCCGCCAGUUAUCUUGAGGGCCAUGGGAACUUGGGAGGGUAAAAAAUCAGUCUUGGAAGAGGGCGAGGGCCGCAAUGAAUCAGAAGUCACAUAA